AUGGAGCGGAGCCGCAUGACCGCCGCCUGCCAGAAGCUAAAACAAAGCCUUGAAUAUCCCUACAACCACAUCCUCGUAUCAUCGAACAUGGACGCCUUCACCACCACCAAAGUCGAGAGCAUCGCUGUUGCCGUUCCUCCCAUAAACGAGGAGGGCAGCGGAAAUGGCGGAGGAGCAUAUUGUGUUGUCGCCUAA